AUGGCCGCAAGAUGUGCUGGACGUCCGGAUUGGUCACCAAAGAAGGAAGUAAAGUUUGAAAGUGUUCAAGAAGGUGAAUGUUAUGAGUCAAAUCUUACCGAGCUGGGCCGAGGCGGAUAUGGGAAGGUCGUGUUGGCUAAGCGCACAAGAGACCAACGCGCUAUUGCGAUCAAAAUUCCUAACAGCCAUCAUUCCAAACAUGAGGAAGAGUGUGAUAUCAUGGAAAGGCUGAAGAAAGCAGGUGGACACAACAAUGUUACAAAAAUGUUGGAUAUUGUUGUUGAUGUAAAGGGGGCAGCUAGAGUAACUUGUAUUGUCCUGGAGAAAUUUGAUAUGAAUCUAGAGGAAUGGAUCGAGCUUAGAGGUUUAGGAACCAGACUGCCCGAAUAUGUCAAGUUGGAGAUGGCGGCUCAGAUGUACGAUGGGUUGUCCUAUAUUCACGCAAACGACGUAGUGUAUGAGGAUGUAAAGUUUGAUAAUAUGCUGAUUGAUCUAACCACUGGUUUACUAAAGCUAGCUGACUUCGGCCACUCCUCAAUACUGCCGCCUGCCAACGAUCAGGCAACGAUACAUCAGAAUAGAAUUGCGUUGGCGUUAGAUCUGCGUGAUAUGACUUCCCGUGUUGUGACACCACUUUGGCUGGGCAGAGAGUACACUGAGCCCGAAUGUCAUGACGAGGCUUUGAGCGCCAUGACGCUCCACCCUCAGUUGGUCGAAGCACUUCAGGUAGUAUUUUCUGAUACCGCUGACGAAGGUGAAGGAGCAAUGCGCAUAAAGCUGCAAGGUGAUAUUCACUGGUGGGAGUCGAUGGCCGAAAUGAAUCCUGACUUACGCAAUGAGAUAUUACUGGCCCAUCGUUGGAACGUUCAACAACCUAACCCUUGCAAUAAUGGAAUAGCUCUUCCUGACAACGUAAGCCAAGUUUUGUCCAUCGCAUUGCUCUAUGCUAGGUUGAACAAGGCGACUGCUUCACAUGUUCGUGAAAGUAUCCUAGAGAUACCGGAUAUCCCGAAUAUGAAGCUCGCUCGAGAGUAUCUACGUCAACGUCCAUCCAAGUCGCCGGACGCGUCGCCGGAUAAAUAA